AAACCUGUUAUAAAAUAAAGUGCAAAUUUAUUGAUGUGAACCAUUCAUAUUUUUUAAAGUUAUAGUUUACAGCUGCUUUAAAAUUUGACAAUUUUCUGUUUUCUAAACAUAAGAUAUGAAUCAUUUCACACAUAUGCAAAAAUAGAUUCUAUAUAUAUUUUACACAUUUCGAAAAUAUGCUCGUUUUCAUUAUGAAUAUCUAUUUUAUUAAUUGCUGGUGAAAAAUGAAAUUACACCGAAGCUUCAUGGAACAACUUGAAACAUUAUGUUGAACAAAAAUUUUUUUGUGAGAUAAUUAUUCACAUCAGUUAGCAGAUCAUAAUUGAACAUAAGUUGAAAAAUGUCAGCUGAAACAAAGUUGGGAAGUUCAUCACAAGAGCAGACAUUUGUAUUUUUAGAGCCAAAAUCAUCUUUUUACAAGCAACAUAAUCGCUCUAUAAGCUAUGGAGAAACCUCUUAUUUUGGUACAAGUUCUGCAACAAGUCGCCCAUCAGCUUUAAAAUUGCCAAACUGUAAAGAGCACAAAAGAGCAUUUUCACAUGGACAAAUAUCUGGUGAAAGUGUAUCUCAUAAAUCUGGUCAUCAGAGAAUAAGUUCUAAGACUGACUUUAUAUUGCCGCCAGGUCAUAAAGACACAUCAGAAUUUCAUCAUGGCUCUACUAUUUUUCGUGGACACUCUAGACAAGCUUCACAUUCUGAAUCAAUAUACACAUUACGUAGAACUGAAGUGCGCGCACCUUGGAAAAGAUUAUUUAAUUUUUUAUGGUGUUGCAGAAAAAAAGAUAGCAGGGAAGAUAUAAGAGUAAGAACUAUAGUACCAAAUCAUUUAGUUUCUCCUAAAAUAUUGCACAAUGUACAUCCAAGUGGUAAAAGCCCCGACAAUAAAGUGCGAACAACAAAGUACACAAUUUUAUCAUUUUUACCUAAAAACUUGCUUGAACAAUUUCAUCGAGUAGCUAACAUAUAUUUUAUAUUUAUUGUUCUGUUAAACUGGUUUCCGGCAAUUAAUGCAUUUGGCAAGGAAGUUGCCAUGAUUCCUGUAGUGUUUGUUUUGGCAGUAACAGCUAUAAAAGAUCUUUUUGAGGACAGACGCAGAAGAAUAUCUGAUCAUAGAAUAAACAACUCUACAUGUCGAAUAUAUAAAAGUGAAUUCGAUCAAUAUAAAAAAGUUCUUUGGCAAAAUGUUCGGGUCGGAGAUAUGGUUCAUCUUUCGAAUAAUGAAGUAGUCCCAGCAGAUGUAUUACUACUGAAAUCAUCAGAUCCACAUGGAAUUUGUUAUUUGGAUACGUGUAGUUUGGAUGGCGAAACGAACCUGAAACAAAGACAAGUACCGCUUUGUUAUCUUGAAAAUCAGGGCAAUUUUAUUGCAAGUAAGUUUUCAUCUUAUGUGGAGGUGGCCCAACCUAGUACAAAGCUGUAUCACUUUCAUGGAACAUUAAUAGAUCAAGAAGGAAGACGAUUUCCAAUUUCGAAUGAAAAUUUGCUACUCCGAGAAAGCCGUAUAAAAAAUACUGACUAUGUCGAGGGUUUAGUUUUGUACACUGGUCAUGAAACUAAAGCCAUGUUAAACAAUGGAGGUCCCAGAUAUAAAAGAUCCAAAUUGGAAAGGCAAAUGAAUACUGACGUGAUCUGGUGUGUAGUAAUUCUAAUUGUGCUAUGUGGAAUUGGAGCGACAGGCUGUGGUUUAUGGUUAUCAUCCUAUAUCGGGCAACGUGUUCCUUUUUUAAUAUUUGAAGACAAUCCUUUGUAUGAAGCUAUGCUAACUUUCUGGACAUUUAUAAUUGUAUUACAGAUCCUCAUACCACUUUCCUUGUACGUGACUUUAGAGAUGUGUAAAAUGUUUCAAGUAUAUCACAUAUACAAUGACAUUUUGAUGUAUGAUUCUUCAACGAACAAACAAACAGAAUGCAGAGCCUUGAACAUAACCGAGGAACUUGGGCAAAUUCAGUAUAUAUUUUCUGAUAAGACGGGAACUUUAACAGACAAUAAAAUGGUAUUUCGUAGGUGUACAAUUUCUGGUAUUGAUUAUAGACACAUAGUUAAUAAAGAUUUGAGGUCAAAGGCAGUUAUUGAUGUUCAAACAGCAAUUAAACCUAACUCAAGAUUGAUGCAAGAUUUAGAAAAAUUAAAUUCUAGUUCAACUUCAGAUAGUCACUCUCGAAGAUUACAAGAUUUUUUGUUAGUUUUGGCUUUAUGUAAUACUGUCGUUGUGAGUCGAUCACCUCAUCAAGACUUUAUGAAUGCUAGUGGUGUAAUAGAAUCCAUUAAUUCACCCGUGUCGGGUGAAUCGAAAUGUGCUAAUAAUGCUAUUGAACAAUUGGAUAUUAGUGAGCAAUUCCCAAGAAAGAAUAAAUAUGCGAGACUAAUGGAUCUUAGAUCUGUAACUCCGUCGCCCAUUAGCAAUUUUAGUGAUACCUCUUUGGAAAUAGUAAGUAACGACAGAUCGAAUGUGAUAGAAGCGCACAAUAUUAACUUAAAUAAACCUUUGAGCACUAUGGAAGACACAGAUGGGAUGGCAAAAGAGCAACAAAUUAAAAAAAAACUCAAAUCUAAAAACAGAAAAACUAAUGAAUUUGCGGAUGCUUCCAAUUUAUCGAAUUUAACUAUUGAGAAACCAGUUUAUGAGGCUGAAAGUCCAGAUGAAUUAGCUUUAGUGGAUGCAGCGUUUUGUUACAACUGCCAAUUAAUAAAUAGGACACCGCAAUUAGUAUCAGUUAAUAUCCCAUAUGCAGGAAUAAUUGAUUUUGAAGUAUUAUAUAUCUUACCAUUUGAUUCUGAUAGAAAAUGUAUGUCGAUUGUUGUAAGACAUCCUCAUACUCGACAAAUUGCUUUAUAUUGCAAAGGCGCUGAUAGCACUAUUUUGCCAGCUCUUGCUCCCUGUGCAGACGACCCAGAUAUGAGCUCAUUUAUUGAAAGAACGCAAGUCCAUUUGAAUUCGUAUGCAAAGCAAGGUUUGAGGGUUUUGUUAAUGGCGAAAAGGAUUCUCUCACCAAUCGAAUUUGCUGAGUGGCAUAAAAAACAUAAGCAAGUUGAAAUGUCUGCAGAUAAUAGAGAGCGUAGAAUACGAGAGUCAUUUUUACGUUUGGAAUGUAAUUUAAUUUUAUUAGGUGCCACUGGCAUAGAAGAUCAAUUACAAGAAGGCGUACCUGAAACAAUAUCUGCUUUAAUACAAGCGGGAAUUGUAAUUUGGGUUUUGACAGGUGAUAAGCCAGAAACUGCUAUCAAUGUAUCAUAUUCCGCCAAAUUAUUUUCGCCACAAAUGAGACUUUUAAAACUAAUGGCUAGAUCGAAAGACUCCACAGAGAGAAUAAUACAAUUUUAUUUAAACGAAGUUGAGAAGCGAAUGCCUGAUUAUUCAGAAAUAAAUAUAAGUACUAUAUGUACUGACAAUAUUUCGCCACCUACUGUCGCUAGCAGUGUAUCACAUAUAGAUACAAUACUCGGCAAACGCCUUUAUAAUGAGUACGCGCUAGUUAUUGAUGGAAAGACGUUAACUUUUAUUUUAGAUCAGCGAUCGCAUUUAAUAAAACCAUUUUUGACAUUGACAAAAUACUGCAAAAGCGUGCUAUGCUGCCGCGCAACUCCACUUCAAAAAGCUUAUAUAGUCAAGAUUGUGAAAGAACAGCUUGAAAUGCGUACUUUAGCCAUAGGUGAUGGUGCCAAUGAUGUGUCUAUGAUACAAACAGCAGAUGUAGGAAUAGGCAUUUCUGGUGAAGAAGGAAUUCAAGCUGUAAUGGCCUCCGAUUUUUCAUUACCCAGGUUCAAAUUUCUUGAAAGAUUUUUGUUAGUGCAUGGCCACUGGUGCUAUGAUAGACUUGCAAGAAUGAUUUUAUAUUUUUUUUAUAAAAAUGCGACGUUCGUGUUUAUUUUAUUUUGGUUCCAACUUUACUGUGGAUUCUCGGCGUCAGUUAUGAUUGACCAAAUGUACUUGUUGCUAUACAAUUUGAUAUUUACAUCUCUUCCACCGUUUGCCAUUGCUGUUUAUGAUAAAGAUGCGUCUGAAGAUAUACUCAUUAAAAGGCCAUAUUUAUACAGACAGGGUCGUUUAAGUUUAAGCUACAGGUUGCAUUCAUUUUGGAUUACUUUGGCAGAUUCAUUGUAUCAAAGUAUUGUCAUUUAUUUUGUUGCUCAAGUUGCCUAUGAAGAAUCUGAUGUUGGAAUUUGGGAAUUUGGUUCUACUUUAACGUCAAGUUGUAUCAUAGCAAUGAUUGCGCAUGUCGCCAUAGAAAUCAAAUCAUGGACUGUCAUACAUGUAAUUAGUAUUUUAGCCAGUGUUGGAUCAUUUUACACAUUCUGUUUGAUUUAUAAUACCAUAUGUGACCAGUGCUUUGGACUGCCUUCCAGCUACUGGGUUAUACAUCACAAUAUGAGUAGCAUGCUUUACUACCUUAUCAUAAUACUCUCAACUAUUGUUGCUAUACUUCCGAGGUUACUGUACAAAAUCGCGAAAGUGACUCUGUAUCCAGACACAAUCAGCCGUGCUGUAAUAAUUGAAAAACGGGAACGAAGGACUAAAGAGGAUGAUUUGAUUGUUUCUUGGUCUAGAAGUACUUCAUCAUCUACUAUAUAUAAACCAUCUAACACAGGCUUGGACAGUGAUAACUUGCCUUCUAUUGGAUAAAUAUUUUGUUUAAUUGCAUUUGCAAAAUAUAUAAAUAUAUCAUCAUGCGGGUUAAUUACAAAUACAGUAAAACCUUUAAUGGCUGUGAUUAUACAUUUCUCUAAGAACAAAUAUGUUUUACUACAGUAAUAACAA